AUGGUCUAUCACGAUUUCGAGUACACCCGCCCCCGGGAAGCCAGGGGCGGGAUUCGAGCGCAAUCCAGGCGGGGGGACUUCGGCGCCAACUGGUGGUCCAGGCGCUGGAUCCAGGCGCUGGAGAAAGUCAGCCUGGGGUCCAGGCUGGCCCGGGGCCGAUCCUACGCCCGUCGGGGCCAGGUGCUGUCCAUCGACGUGGGGCCGGGCGCGGUGUCCGCCAGCGUGCAGGGUUCCCGGAAGCGGCCAUACCGGGUGAGCAUCGAGGUCGCCACCCUGCAGGGUCCCGAUUGGGAAAAGCUGCGAGCGGUCCUGGCCGAGCGGCCCGCAUUCGCCGCCAGCCUGCUGGCCGGACGCGUGCCGGAGAACAUCGAGGACGCGUUCGCCAACGCCGGACUGUCCCUGUUUCCGUCGCGGCACGGCGAUCUGGAGACCGACUGCUCGUGCCCCGACUUCUCCAACCCGUGCAAGCACAUCGCCGCCGUGUAUCUGCUGUUGGGCGAGGAAUUCGACCGCGAUCCGUUCCUCAUCUUCAGGAUGCGGGGCAUCGAACGCGACGACCUGCUGGGAUCGGACCUGCGGAUGUCCGCCGCGGCCAGCGCCUGGACGGACCCGCCGCUGGCGCCGGAACCGCUGCCGGUCACCCCUGACGAAUUCUGGGGACGGGAAGCGGAUUGGAACGAUUACGACGACCUCAUCGGGCCGGCCCGCGUGCCCGAGGAAUCGGCCGCGCUGCCCAGGCAGCUGGGGCAGUUCCCAUUCUGGCAGGGCACGGAAGAAUUCAUGCCCACCAUGGAAGCCAUCUACACCCGAGCCUCGCAGGCCGGUCUGGACUAUACCUCGGCGGGGAUUGAGCGGCCAAGCCGACGUCGGAAGGCGCAAGCGCUGCGGAGCAAGGCGACGGUUGCAUUCGCAACCGGGUUUUCGGUGGAGCGGAGCGGCCGGCGGCAACAGGCGCAGGGAGAAAAAUACGGGAACGCGUGA